GCGGAUAUAGUGAAUGCGGGGUCCGGGGAGAGCGGAUAUAGUGAAUGCGGGGUUCGGGGAGAGCGGAUAUAGUGAAUGCGGGGUCCGGGAGAGCGGAUAUAGUGAAUGCGGGGUCCGGGGAGAGCGGAUAUAGUGAAUGCGGGGUCCGGGGAGAGCGGAUAUAGUGAAUGCGAGGGUCCGGGGAGAGCGGAUAUAGUGAAUGCGGGGUCCGGGGAGAGCGGAUAUAGUGAAUGCAGGGUCCGGGGAGAGCGGAUAUAGUGAAUGCGGGGUCCGGGGAGAGCGGAUAUAGUGAAUGCGGGGUCCGGGGAGAGCGGAUAUAGUGAAUGCGGGGUCCGGGGAGA